GAGGUCAAAAUGAUCCUCAACUCUUCCACCGAAGAUGGUAUUAAAAGAAUCCAAGAGGACUGUCCCAAAGCUGGAAGGCACAAUUACAUAUUCGUCAUGAUCCCCACUUUAUAUAGUAUUAUCUUUGUGGUGGGAAUAUUUGGAAACAGCUUGGUGGUGAUUGUCAUUUACUUUUACAUGAAACUGAAGACUGUGGCCAGUGUUUUUCUUCUGAAUUUAGCACUGGCUGACUUAUGCUUUUUACUGACUUUGCCACUAUGGGCUGUCUACACUGCUAUGGAAUACCACUGGCCCUUUGGCAAUUACCUAUGUAAGAUUGCUUCAGCCAGCGUCAGUUUCAACCUCUAUGCCAGUGUGUUUCUACUCACAUGUCUAAGCAUUGAUCGCUACCUGGCUAUUGUGCACCCAAUGAAGUCCCGUCUUCGGCGCACAAUGCUUGUGGCCAAAGUCACCUGCAUCAUUAUUUGGCUGCUGGCUGGCUUGGCCAGUUUGCCAACUAUAAUCCACCGCAAUGUAUUUUUCAUCGAGAAUAUCAAUAUCACAGUUUGUGCUUUCCAUUACGAAUCCCAAAAUUCAACCCUCCCCGUAGGGCUGGGCCUAACCAAGAAUAUACUGGGUUUCUUGUUUCCUUUUCUGAUCAUUCUUACAAGUUAUACUCUUAUUUGGAAGACCCUAAAGAAGGCUUAUGAAAUUCAGAAGAACAAACCAAGAAAAGAUGAUAUUUUCAAGAUAAUUAUGGCAAUUGUGCUUUUCUUUUUCUUUUCCUGGGUUCCCCACCAAAUAUUCACUUUUCUGGAUGUAUUGAUUCAGUUGGGCAUCAUACAUGACUGUAAAAUUUCAGAUAUUGUUGACACCGCCAUGCCCAUCACUAUUUGCUUAGCUUAUUUUAACAAUUGCCUGAAUCCUCUCUUUUAUGGCUUUCUGGGGAAAAAAUUUAAAAAACAUUUUCUCCAGCUUCUGAAAUACAUUCCCCCAAAGGCCAAAUCCCACUCAACCCUGUCAACAAAAAUGAGCACGCUUUCCUACCGCCCCUCAGAAAAUGGAAGCUCAUCUACCAAGAAGCCUGUCCCAUGUAUUGAGGUUGAGUGA